AUGAACUUCAAUUAUGUACGAAGAUUAGCGUUUACAAAAUUUUCGAAAAAACUUUAUUAUAAAAGACCAAUAAAUUAUUUAUCCUCCCAUUCAAAUAUAUUUUUAAAACCAAAUAUAAGGCAAGUUUAUUUUUCUACACAAAUAUUACCGAACAAUAAAGUUACUAAAGAAGAAAUAGAAAAGGAGGAAGUUGAAGAAAUAGAUAAAUCAUUAUAUCCUGAACUAUUUCCAGAAGCAAUAUCGUAUGAGUUAUCGGAUGAAGAAGAGAAAGAACAUAAUGAUGCGGAUGAUGCGUGGUUUGUUGACCCAGCUUAUGAAAAUCCACAAGAAGAAAGCAGAGAUUUCGUACCGUUAUGGCAAAGAAAAGCAACUUCUCUUUCUGAUGAAUCUUCUAAUGUAAAUAAGUAUAAGUUAAUGGAAGGUGAUGAGCAUCAACGAACGAAAUUUUUGGAUAUUAUAAGGUUUUUAGAGGAAGAAGGAAUUGAAAAUAUAACAGCGAUUGAUGUGAAGCAAAAAUGUGAUUUCACUGAUUGGAUGGUUAUAGGUGAAGGAAAAACCACCCGACAUUUAGGUGGGGCAUUAAAAGAUGAAACACAUAUACAAAAUUCCGAUCCAACAAAUUCUUCGUCACAAAGUUAUCCAGUUGUCGAAGGACGUGAUUCAGAAGAUUGGAUGUUAAUAGAUACCGGAUCAAUUUUUGUUCAUCUUUUUACUCCCGAGGCAAGAAAAUAUCGUAACUUGGAAGGUUUAUGGGAGAAGACACCUCCACGCUUUGCAUCUGAAGAAGGUUUAAAGAAUAUUACUAACGAAAUGGUUAAAGAAUUCGACGAAUUCAACCCUAAAUUUGCUAGAACUCCUCCUUUACCUCCUGAAUUAUAA